GUAGAAGGUGCGAGAGACAUGGCUGAGCAGCUGUCCAAAGAGCAGGUGGCCGAGUUCAUGGAGGCCUUCCAUAGAUUCGACAAGGACAAAGACAAUGCCAUCAACACCCAGGAGCUGGGCGCCGUGAUGCAGGAGCUGGGCCUGAACCCGUCGGAGGCCGCGCUGAAGGGAUUCAUCGCCAGGGACGAUGCGGACGGGGAUGGCGUCAUCAGCCCCCAGGAGUUCCUGGCAGUGAUAGCCAAGGGGGUUCAGGCCCGGGCCAGAGCGGAUGACCUGAGGACAGCCUUCCACGCCUUCGACCUGGAUGGCGACGGCCACAUCAGCGUGGAUGAGCUCAAGCAGGCCAUGGCCCAGCUGGAGGUGUCCCAGGAGGAGUUGGACAUCAUGAUCCGGGAAGCUGACGUGGACCGGGACGGGCAGGUGAGCUACGAGGAGUUCGUGCACGUCCUCAUGCUGAAGUGAAGCCUCCCGACCGCCGCCCCCUCCUGCCUGACGCCGGGCCUGCUACGGGGUCCGGCCCGGCUUCUGAGCCGGGGACCCCAAGGGACAGUCUAGGUGGUGGGUGGGAGGGGCCUCCCCGUGGGGACCCCUGGCCUCUCCUCGGCCCGGGGUCUGCUCUCUGUCCAGCGAGACCUCGUGUGCUCGUGCGAUGGGGGUGCUCCCUACCUCGCAGGGCUGUUGUGAGGACCCCAAAGUGACGUGGUGAUCGGAAUAAAAGGGAUCUGAGCUUC